AUGGAUGAUCAUCAUAUUGAAUAAGCAUGGUAAUUCUAUAGAAAAUUAGGAUCUCCUAAAUUCAUAUGUAAUUCCAUUCAAUUUAUAUUAGGUGCUCCAAUGGUUGAUUAAAGUGAACUUGCUUUUAGAAUGUUAACUAGAAAAUAUGGAACUACUUUAGCAUAUACUCCUAUGUUAAAUAGUAAAAUCAUGGUAGAAUCUAAAACAUUUAAAGAUGAAUUCUUCACUACUUGUCCUGAAGAUAGACCUCUUUUUGCACAAUUAUGUGGUCAUAAUCCUUAAAUUCUUAUUAAAGCUGCUUUAAUGAUUUAAGAUGAAUGUGAUGCUAUUGAUAUUAAUCUUGGUUGUCCUUAAGGAAUUGCUCGAAAAGGUCUCUAUGGAUCUUAUCUUUUAGAAAAAAGAGAACUUGUUCUGUAUAUUCAUUAAAUUUUAACUUAGAACUAUUGUGAAAGAAUUAAAAUAAAAUAUUAAUAUUCCUGUUACUUGCAAAAUAAGAAUCUUCAAAGAUAUAAAAAGAACUCUUGAUUUAACUAAAGACAUUUAAUAAUCUGGAUGUUCUAUUCUUACUGUUCAUGGGAGAACUAAAGAAUAAAAUAAAGAUCUUGUUGGUUAAUGUGAUUGGAACAUAAUUGCUUAAAUUAAAUAACUACUAUAAAUUCCUGUUUUUGCUAAUGGUGGAAUCUAUACAUGGUCUGAUGUUGAAAGAUGUCUUUAAGAAACUAAAGCAGAUGCUGUCAUGUCUUCUGAAGCUCUUUUAGAAAAUCCUGCACUUUUUUCAGGAUAAAUCAAAGAUCUUAAUGAAUUAGCUAUUGAAUAUAUGCAAUUUGCUAAAUAAUAUAAUGCUAAAUUACCUGAAAUUAAAGCACAUUUAUUUAAACUUCUUUACACAAGCUUAUAAGUUCAUACUGGUAUUAAUCUUUAUCUAAUAUCUCUAGAUUUAAGAUCCAAACUUGGUUCUGCCAAAACCUAUGAUUAACAUCUAGAUAUUGUUAUUCAAUUAAAUCGUUUAAGGGCUCAUAUCCCUUUAGAAAAUAAAUUUGGCUGGUAUAAAAGAUACUAAAAUUUUAAAUAACCUUAACCUAAAGAUAAGGACAUUCAAAAAUUAGAAAAUAUCAUCAAAUAAUAAGAUUUAUCGUUAUAAAAUAAUAACUAAGAAUGA